CGCCCCCCUCCCUUCCUCCUCCCCCCCUCCCUCCUCCCCUUCAGUUUCGUGUUCGCGGGCUCUGCGCUUUUUGUGUUGUUGGAACUCUUCGACGAGAUUCGGCGUCGUCGCGGUGCUGAAACUUUUUUUUAUUUAAAAAAAGGAGGAGAGACGUCGAAGGGGGCUUUUGAAGGGUUGGCUUGUGGAGAAGAGAAAGAGAAAUUAAAUUUUUUAUCCAGUUUUCAAUUUUAACUCGGAUACGUCGAAAGUUUCGAUUUCUGAGGGGAAACCCAACGUCGCCAACAUCGACAAAGCGUUUUAAAAGUUGUUAGCGCGGGGUUUUUUGUUGUUGUUAAAUAGUGUUUUGUUGGCUCAUAAUUGUUUUAAAAGGCGGACAACCACCGCACACCGCACCCCGUCUAACCCGGCCGAGUCGGCUGGUAGAAAAAAGUUUUUUUUUUUAAUUGUUAAUUCAAAUCGAAACGUUUUAAAACGUAAUCAAUUAGUUUUUUUUUAAAGCAAAAACAUUAAGGAAAAAGUUUUUGUGGUUUAAACAAAAAUAAAUCCCGAUAAAUCGAACUGAGGGGGUCUACGUUAAGCACCCCUCCACCACCACACACACACACGCCGAGGUAACGCACGGAGCGAGAGGCGAACUCUUUAAACUCUUUAAGCAACGCCGUCUCUCCGCUCGUUAACUAAUUAAUAGUUUUUUUUUAAAUUAAUUGUAAAGCAACGGGUUGAUUAAGUUAAUUUGCGGGGGGGGGGGGGGGUGUUGUUUUAAGUGGGAAGUUAUGGAGCAACAGUGGUUGAGGCUGACGGUAGGCCUCGUGCUAAGCGCCGCUCUUGCCUGGCGGGGCUGCGGGGCCAAGGCGCGCGCGUGCGGGGAGGCGAGGCAGGAGUACCGCGCUUCGGGCUUCAGUCUCGUCAACGUCCCACACCACCAAAUUCCAGGCGAGGGUCUGCGUGUGUGCGCGUCUCCGCUGUCGUGCUGCACCCUCGACAUGGAGCAGCAGCUGGAGGUGCAGUCGCGCCUGGAGCUGGAGGAGUCGGUGGCGGAGAGCAGCCAUUUUCUCAGGAGCACCUUCAGCACGCGCCAUCACAAGUUCGACGAGUUCUUCCGCGAGCUGGUGAACAACGCCGAGCGUUCCCUGCACGACAUGUUCGUGCGCACGUACGGCGAGCUCUUCACCCAGAACGCCCACCUCUUCACCAACCUCUUCUCCGACCUCCGCCUCUACUACGGCGCCGGCACCGGCUCCUCCGGUUCCUCGUCCCCCGGCGCCGGCGCCGGCGCCGGCGCCGCCGGAGGAGCGGCAAGCCUCGACGAAUCCCUCGCCGACUUUUGGAUGCAGCUGCUGACGCGGAUGAUGGAGCUGGUGAACCCACAGCUGCGCUUCACCCCCGAGUACCUGCGGUGCGUCGCCUCCAGCGCCGACGGUCUGAAGCCCUUCGGCGACGUCCCGCGCAAGCUGAGGCCCCAGCUGGGCCGGGCCUUCGUGUCGGCCCGGGCCUUCGUCGCUGGCCUGGCCGUCGGCCGCGACGUGGUGACGCGCGUCACGCAGCUGCCGGUGACGGGCGAGUGUGCGGUGGCCAUGACCCGCAUGCUGCACUGCCCACUGUGCCGAGGGGUCGUGUCGGCACGCCCCUGUGCCGGCUUCUGCCUCAACGUGGUCAAGGGCUGCCUGGCCAACCAGGCCGACCUCAACGCGGAGUGGAACAACUUCCUGGACGCGAUGCUGAUGGUGGCGGAGCGCCUCGAAGGGCCCUUCAACAUCGAGGCGGUGCUGGACCUCAUGGACGUCAAGAUCUCCGACGCCAUCAUGAACAUGCAGGAGAACAGCGUCGCCAUCUCCGAGCAGGUGUUUGCGGGCUGUGGGCGACUCCGUUCGUCGCCCCCCGGGCGCUCCCAGCGCUCCGCCCUCGACGCUCUCAACCAGCACUUCCGCUCCGUGCAGCCUGAGGAGCGACCCACCACGGCCGCAGGGACGAGCCUGGACCGCCUGGUGACGGACGUGAAGGCGAAGCUGAAGGCGGCUCGCUCCUUCUGGCUCACGCUGCCCUACUCGGUGUGCAACAGCGACAAGGUCGCUGCGGCUCCCAUGGGCUCUGAUGACGGAUGCUGGAACGGGCAGAGCAUGGGGAGGUACGCGCACGAGCUGGUGGGCGACGGGUUGGCCCGCCAGCGCGACAACCCCGAGGUGGCGGUGGACGUGACGCGCCCGGACCCCGUGGUGCGCCAGCAGAUCAUGGCGCUGCGCCUGGCCACCAGGCGCCUGCGUCAGGCCCACGCCGGCAACGACGUCCAGCUGCCCGGCUACGACGAUGAGGGCGGCGACGACGAGGGGGACGGCAGCGGCUCCGGGAGCGGAGACUCGGAGGACCCCACGGCCGCCGCCGCCGCCGCCGCCGCCACUCGGCAACCCGACCGCGGCCGCGCCCGCGGCGGCGGCGACUUCUAG